CGCCCCGCCGACGGUAGCCGCGGCAACAAGCCGAGCCACCGGGCGUCGGCCAACGGAGCUGGUGUGAACCCCAGCACUUUGAACCCAAAUGUUAACCACAGUGCCUGGCCUGGUCCCCAGGGACCCUCUGGCUGUAAGAUUGGCCAGCAGGGAGGCUCUCUGGGCUGGGGAGCGAUACAGCCGGACAGCCUCUCUCCGUCUCUAUCAGAACAACAGCACCACCUCCUGAAUGAUACUACUGUCAAGACUCACCACCUUAACACUGAAGCGACCAACGGACCAAAUAACACUACUAACGCCAUAAACACCUCUAGUUUACCAAACUCUACGGGCGGCUCAGUGCAGAGGAACGAAUCCGGCUCGGGGCAGCGUUCCUGGGGAGCUGGAGGAGGAGGAGGAGGAGGAGGAGGGUCAGAGCCUGGAGAUCAGCUCUCCAACGGGACCCUCUAUGGCGCCCAGCACCCCUACAGCGACGGCCUGGCAGGGGGCUUCUCUAAGCCCUGGGGGGUUUCGGGCCCUGGAGACACUGUGAACGGCCAGGGACAGGGCCAGCCCUCCUCCCCUGCUGCUGCUGCUGCUGUUUACAACAGUAAAAAUAACAGCAAGACCCCUGUAGGGAGGUGGGACUCUGGCCCCGCUGCUUCCUCCUCUCCUCACAACCUGUCCUUGGGGACUGGAGGAGGUGGGAUCAACGGGAACGGAGUGGGUCCUGCUGGCAUCCCCCGACCGUGGGGCAGCGCCUCCUCCUCUUCCUCCUGUUCUUCAUCUGGCUCCUCCUCCAACAGGCAACCCCCCAAUGGGGAGUGGAGCUCGUUGCCCGGCAACAAAUCUCAGGAUUCCAGCGACGGACGGAAGUCGGGGGGAGGAGCCAACGGCUGGAAGAGUCUUGAAGAUGAUGCCCUCAGGAUGGGAGGAGGAGUGCAGGGACAUGCGAGCGGGUGCUGGGGUACGUCUGGAGGCAGUGAGGGGAGCGGGGAGAGCUCUGUAGGCCGUAGCUUAGACCGGGACAGGAACGAUCCCCGUCGAAGAGUCCCCCUCCCUGGGUCAACUCAGCAAGUCCUCUCCUGUACAGACGUGGACCCCCGUGUCCUCUGCAACACCGGCUGGGGUCAGACCCCCAUACGCCAGAACACAGCCUGGGACGUCACCUCUCCCGCCCCCAGACCCGAUGACAGGAAGCCCGGUAACGGAGGCCCUGGCUGGGGAUCGAAAAGCCACGCAGCCCGUUCUCAGACCUCCAGCUCUGGAGGAUGGGGGGACGGGCCGGGAAAUACAAGCCCAGAGUCAGGAGGGCCUGCCUGGGCAGAGCAGAAGACCUUGUCUGGGUGUGGAGACAGAGACAACAAAGGCCCUGGAGGAGAGCGAGGAUGGGAGAACAGCAACUCUUCCUCUACCUGGGGUAACAGCCAGAAGGAAGAUCAGUCCAACACCUGGACGAACCCUCCUAAACCCCAAAAGCAGCAGAGCUGGGGCGCCCCUAGUGGUGGUGGAGACCGCUCCAGAGGAGGAGGGAGCAGCUACUGGGGCCAGCCCCAGAAGACUAGCGGGUCUGGGGGAUGGGACAACGACAGCGACCGUUCGGGGUCUGGAGGAUGGGGUGAACCCGGCCACCCGGUCAACACCAACACACACACCGACGACAGCAGCAGCACCUGGGGUGGCAGCGGAGGGUCCAACACCCCUGAACGCCCCAACAACCCUCACUCUGGCUGGGGAGAGCCCUCCGUAUCCAUCCCCGGACCCAAGCCCCAGAACCACCAGACCCAAGGGGGGAUGGGGCGAGUCGGCCAUGAAGCCCAACCACCCUUCUCAGAACUGGGGAGACCCGGCGCCCCCUUCCGAUUGGGGUAAAAGCCCAGACUCUAAUUCCAACCCUGGCCAGGACCCUAGAGGACUUCCACCAGGUGGUCCCCAACCCUCAGGUCCCGGAGGUUCCAAACCCAGCGGCUGGACUGGAGGGGCGGUCCCUGUUGGAUCCUCCCACAAAGAGGAGGAGCCUACCGGGUGGGAGGAGCCUAGUCCAGAGUCGGUGAGGAGACGGAUGGAGAUCGACGACGGGACGUCGGCAUGGGGAGACCCCAACAAAUACAACUGUAGCGGGGUUAAUAUGUGGAACAAGACCAGCCAAUCAGAGCAGGAUGCCAUGGUCAUGACCAAACCCCCGCAGACCCAGCAGCCCCCACCACCCCUGAACAACAUGGCCGACAAGGACAAGACCUGCAGCCCUGGCUGGGGUGAACAGUACGGAGGUCCCCAGAAGAUGGAGUCAGGAACGUGGUGUGAGCCGUCAGGCCCCCCUGUCUCUGUGGACAACGGGACAUCGGCCUGGGGGAAACCCAUGGACACCAGCUCCACCUGGGAGGAGCUGGGACACAGAGGGGACAGAGACAGAGGGGACAACUCUGGGACGGGAGGCUGGGAAGGACCUGGACCACAGAACCACCACAAACCUGGUCCCAAGCCCAUGCACCAGCAGGAGAGUAAUACCUGGUGUGGUGAGGAGGUGUCGUGCCAGUCCAGUUGGGAACCAGAGGAGGAGGUGGAGAUCGGGAUGUGGAGCAACGCCCCAAGUCACCGAGACCGGGAGAGAGACGGUCACAGAGAGAACCACAGAGACCGGGAGAGAGACGGCCACGGUCAGGACAACAGGAACAAUGGGCCCCAGCAACACAGCUGGAACUACAUGAAGAAAAUCCCUCCUAAGAUGAACAAAUCAGUGAACAAGCAGGAGGAUGCCUGGAUGACCCAGUUUGUUAAACAGUUCAACAACAUGAACUACGUUAGGGACUCUCCUGAAGACUUGUCGAAGAGCAAUAAGAUGGAGAUGGGAGGAGGGAUGAUGUCAGACAAGCGUAUGGAUGUGAACAUGGGAGAGUACAGUGGAGUGAUGGGGAAAAACCCUGCCUCCAGGCACCAGAUUCACAAAGAGCCUUCCAUGGAGAGAAGCCCUUACUACGACAAGCUCUCCCUGCCGCUCUCUGCUUACGAUAGAUCCGCCUCGGAGGAGCUCUCCUCCAAUCACGGCAUGAGCUUUUCCCCCUCCCACUCUGCUCAGCCUAUCCCCUCUCUCUGCUCAGGGCAGGCUCCCACCCCUCUGUCUCUGAGGCUGGUAGGCAGGUGA